AUGCCGGGGUCCCCGCGGCGCGGGCGGGCCGGGGCGGAGCGGGGCGGGCGCGGCGGCGGGGCCGGGCCGGGAUGCGGUGGGGCCGGCGCCGGGCGCAGGAUGCGCUGCGGGGCGCUGGCGCUGGCGCUGCUCUGCGCCCUCCCGCUGUGCCCCGCGGGGCUGGAGCCCCCCGAGCCGGGCUCUGCGCUGCACGCAGAUGAAGUGGACUUGCUGGACAAAAUCACUUCCCAUGCACAGUACCUCAGCAAUGUCUCCUUUGGCCAUGAUGAAGCCAACUGCAGCAUCCUGGAGAUUGGGCAGUAUGCUACACUCAACAUCCCCACCAGAGAGGCGUUUGGGGACAGCUUUGCAGAUGAGCUGAGCGUGCUCAUGAAGCUCAGGUACUCGCUGAAGGAGGACACCAGCCUUGUGACCAUCCUCAGCCAUCGGAGCCAUGUGCUCUUCCAGAUCAGGAUCAACCCAUACGCCUUGGUCUUUGUCACCACGAGGAGGAGGCACUAUGAGUUCCCAGUUUCCUUCCUUGGCGAUGGGCACUGGCACCAGGUUGCUCUCAGCAUCUCCUUGGAGAGGCUGGAGUUGCACGUGGACUGUCGGCUGGUGGACAGAGUGAGCUGGUCCAACUAUUUCGGGAUGGGAGUGAACACUGAGGGGCUGAUCAUCAUUGGAGGCCUGAUCGAGUCCUUCGAGAUACCCUUUAAGGGUGCUCUACAGCAACUGACCUUUGUGAUGGGAGACCCAGCAGCCGCCGGUGAGCACUGCCGCAGAUACAACCCAAUGUGCGCAUCCUCCUUCAACCUCACCCGCUUCAGUUCCCAAUGGGAUCUUGCAACAGCCUGGCCAGAGGUGCCAAAAGAAACCAAUGAAAUCCGGGACUCAUCUGCUCAGGAUUCCAGACUCACCCAUUCAGAUUUGACCCUGGGGCUCCCUUGGAUGCAGGAGGAUGCCCAGGAGACCCUCAACAUCCCCCCUGAUGGGAGCACCCUGACUUCACCCCGCGCCACUGAGAUGCCCUCAGCUGAGGAGGAGGAGAGCAGUGUUUCUGUUGAGGAGGAAGGCUUUGAGCUGUUGAACUCCACCUACAAUAAAAUCACCGGCCCUGGCAGGCCUGGGCUCAGCAGGGCCAACCCGUGGGUUCCUGGUCGCUCCGGCUCCUCCAUCAAAGCACCGAGAGCAGCCAAGAAGGAGCGAGCCCCCAACCCCUGGGAGGAGAACGUCACCACGGAGAAGCAGAUGGGUGAUGUGGGCACCCGGCAGCAGCUCCUGCCCGGCAAACCCGGUGAUGCCAUCACUGACCUGGACAUGCCUUCCACCUUCACCAAGGUCUCCCCAUUACCACAUCAGGGAGCUGCCCCCAAAGCAAAGGUGCCCAAAGUUCCCUUUGGGUCAGGGUCAGCAGAAGGUCUCCUGCAGUAUCCUCCAUCAGCAGCCAGCCCUGUUGUGCCAGGGCUUGGGGACAGCACUGCCCGCCCUGUGUCACCGGAGGCACAUAGGCAGCAGGGUCACAUCAAGCCGGGACCACCAGGGCUGCCAGGACCACCGGGGCUGCCGGGCUGUCCUGGGAGGCGUGGACUGGUGGGACCCAAAGGAGACAAAGGGUACCCUGGUGCCGUGGGGCGCACAGGCCUCCCGGGUGACCCAGGACCCAUGGGCAUCCCUGGUGUUCCCACCAUUGUGCUCUGGAGGAACUCCAGGGAGGACUGGCAGAGCUUCACGCAAUCAUCAUUUUACCAGCUCCUGCAUGCUGGCUGGCCGAGGAAACCCGGAGCCCCUGGGCCACCAGGGCAUCCAGGGAGAACAGGAGCACCUGGACCCUGUGGAGAGCCAGGAGAGCCGGGGGAGAAAGGCCGCCAGGGGUACACGGGUGAAGCCGGGCUCCAGGGCUCUCCAGGACGCUCCGGUCACCCUGGCUUGGAUGGCAAACCUGGCUUGGAUGGGAAACCAGGGCCGUGGGGGAUGCCAGGAGAGCAGGGGCUGCAGGGCUUCCAGGGUGACCAGGGGCUGACUGGGGAGAAGGGAGAAGAGGGUUUCUUGGGUGACCCUGGACCGGUUGGGGAGAAAGGAGAGAAGGGAAUGAAGGUGAGAGGGUGUCUGCCUUGCUAUGCCCUUCCCUAGCACGGCCCCCAGCCCCAGGCCAUGCCCUCCUCCAUG